AUGGGCACUGAAUAUACUCCGUACGGAUACUGUUGCAGACACCACUUGGGGUUCCGAGCGUUUUUCAACCGAUGGCCCCUCUGUGUCCUUGCCGCCGCCACCAAGCGACGCAUGAGCAUGUUGCUUCUCAACGGCAACCCCUGGCCUCGUUUCAGUCAGUACUUGCAACAAAAUACGGGAUCCCGUCCGCUCUCCCUUAGUCAAGCUACCAAGGGCCGAACCAGUACUCAGGUGGGUGACCACUGGGGAAUCCUCGGUGUUAGACGGGAGCCUAUUCCAAGGAGGUACGAUGGUAGCGGCGUGGUAAAUGUUGUACUGGCAAACGACUUCUAUAUCUUCCACGAGAUUUCGGCGUGUAAAGCCAAUGUUGCGGCGAGCGCAAAACACAUAGUUUCAUAG